UAUUGAAACAUAUUUAGUACUUAGGUAUUUUACUUACAAAUUACAAUUUGUAAUAUGUAUUUAUAUUUUUACUUACGUUUUUUUUUCUAUAUAAUGUUUACUUGACAUUAGUUCCGUAAGACUAAUUUUCAUAUACUAACUAAAUUAGUAUGUCUUCAAGUAAAAGCAAUAAAAGCAUAAUCUUUUAUAAUGGGUUCCGCGAGAAAUCGUACUGUGGUUAUUGCAAGAAGGACAAAUCGAGUUAUAGCCAUGGUAUGUGGGCUUCAAGUCUUACUGUGCAAGCAUACCAAGAUUUGAUCGAUCGUGGAUGGCGUCGAAGCGGCAAAUAUUGUUACAAACCCACGAUGGAUAAAUCGUGCUGCCCAUUAUAUACUAUAAGAUGUGACGCAUUAGACUUCCAACUGUCAAAGUCUCAAAAAAAAAUCAUUAAGAAAGUUUCCCGAUUUUUAAAAAGUGGAAAACAGGAACAAAAUAUUUGGAAUUCUGAAGAAGCGCAAAGAGAACCUCAAGAAAAAUUUGAUUCCUAUGAUAUGCAUGAUAUUGAUAAAAAAAUGGAAGUUGUGGAUUCAAAUAACAGUAGUAUUGAAGAACUUAAUACACCGAAAAAAGAUUUACAAAAUUGUGCUUCAACUACAAAUUCUUGUGAAACAACAAAUAUAGAGAAAAAUGACGAGGUUUUAACCAAAUCCCUAGAUGAUGUAAACCAGCAAUCUAAAAUGAUAAAAGAAAAGAAAACAAUUAAACCUGGUAAAGGAGCAGAUCCAAACUUACCUAAAUGCAAAAAAAAAAAAUUAUUACGUAUUGAAAAGAAACUUGCAAAAAACCCAAAUGCAGUUAUUACCACUUUGACACCUCAACAAAAGACUGUUGAAGAUUUUAUCGCUGAAAAUGAUACUGUAUCCGAAGAGCAAGUUUAUAAUUUAAAAGUGUCUCUGGUCAAGACCGGCACAAUGGAGUUUGCUCAAACAUUUUCAGCUGGGGCUUCUCUCUUUGCCAAAUAUCAAAUGGCUGUGCACAAUGACCAACCAAAUGAAUGUGAUACGGCACAAUACAUAGAGUUUCUUGUCGAUUCACCUUUACAGUUCGAAAACACAGACGUCGCCGAUCAUCCUGGUUACGGUUCGUUUCAUCAGCAGUAUUGGCUCGGUAACAAAUUAAUUGCUGUAGGUGUUAUCGACAUCUUACCAAAGUGUGUAUCGUCAGUUUAUCUGUUCUACGACCCAGAUUAUUACCAUUUAGUAUUAGGAACCUAUAGUUCAUUGAGAGAGAUAUGUUUGGUAAGACAACUACAUAAAAUGUCACCAGAUUUGAAAUAUUAUUAUAUGGGCUUUUAUAUUAACUCCUGUCCAAAAAUGCGUUACAAAGCUCAUAUUAAACCAUCAUACUUAUUAUGUCCUCUUCAAUACACGUGGCAUAAUACAGAAAUAUGUAUACCAAAAUUGGAUAAAGCAAAGUAUGUAGUUUUUAAUGAUACUGAUAAGGAAGAAGACGGAUCUAGAGUCGAAGAUGUUCCUAUGUUAUAUUGUGGAAAACUUAUGACCCAUUCAGUUUAUAAGAGAAUAACUAAAGUUGACAUUCAAGAUCAACUGUUGGAGUAUAUUAAAUUAGUUGGACCAAAUCUUGCAAAACUGUUGAUUUAUUGUGUCUUAGAUUAGUUAACAUAUUUUGUACAGAAAACUAAGCGAAACUAUAAACAGUAUGGUUUAUAUUAUGUUAGGAUUUUACAAUAAACAAUUUAUAUACCUA